AUGUACCUCUACGAGGCGACACCGGAUUCAGUGGAGUGGACAGCCUAUCAAGAGGCGAUGGAGGAUGUGAUUUUGGAAGGCUUGACGGAGGCCGUCCGCUGCAGCCUCGCCUACAUCUCUGAUCACACAGACAAGUCGAAAUCUGAGAUGCCACUAAUGCAGGGAUCUCUCAUCAUCGAUGGCACUCAACUACGAUUCACACCGGCCAUGCACGAGGCACAAGGCGAGAGUCUAAUGGAUCUGAUGGAUAGUUUGGUGCAGGACAUUACCGACCAAUCACGUUUGGUUCCUCUUCUCUCCAGUCACCCUCCCUUGCCUGACAUCAAAGCAGAACGCGAAGCCGCUGAACAAAAGGCCCGAGAAGAGGCAGAAGCUCUAGAGAAGAGGAAGGCAGAAGAGGCUGAGGGUGAAAGUGAUGACAAAGAGGCAGAUAAGAAGGCAGAAGGCAGAGAUGAAGACGAUGAGAAGAAGGAGGAUGAAGAAGAAGCCUCCACUUCUGUGGCACAAGAGGAGAAGAGUAAAAGCCUCCUCUCUAGAGCUUCAGAUGAGAGUGCUCGAAUCUCCAAAACUAUUAAAGAUCGAGUGGGAUUUUCCUAUCAAGUGAUGCAAACGCCCGAGAUUGCAGACCUCAUCAUGAAGAUAACUGAUCAUGUGAAUGCAGUUAUGCGAGCAGCCUCGGAAUAUCAGGCCAAUUUGGAAUCGAAUUAUGCAUUCUACUGGGCUGAGGAUAGACGUGAAUUCAUUCGUCAAUUCUGUCUUUAUGGACGCCUAUUAACCCGCGAUGACAUUGACAUGAAUGGAGACAUAACGGCACCAGAGCAUCCACCCACUCUCGAUCAAUUUAGAGAGAUUAUUCUCAAGUAUGACAAGGUCUUCGAGGAUGUGGAGAAGUUGGAAGAUGCACACAUCUUUGACAAUUGGAUGCGUGUAGAUUUGAAGCCUUUUAAAGUGGCACUACUCACAGAGAUUCGUCAAUGGAGUGAUAAAUUUAAGCAAUUCCUUAUAGAUCACGUGACUAACACUUUGAAUGGACUCAGCUCCUUCAUUCAUGACAGCAAUGAGGAUCUCUCCUUCAAGGUGGCUACUGAGAAGGUGGACUACGAUAAACUCGUGACAAUAUUGGAGCGUCUAAAGCUCGUUCGGGACGCAGAGGCUGCAACUGAUGCUGGAUUUGAUCCACUGCGUGAGACUGUUGCAUUGUUGAAGGAGUUCGGUGAGGAGUUGCCGGAGUCUGUGGUCAAACUGUUGGAAGUGUUGCCUGCCCAAUGGAAUGAGUUGAAAAACUUCUCAGUGAUUACAAAACAAAAAGUACAGCCUCUUCAAGAGAGAGAAGUUCAAAAUAUCCGAGCUCUGAGCACAGAGUACGAUGAACAGGCGUCGGCUAUGCGACGUGAGUUUGCAGAAUCAAAUAUCUUCCAAUAUGAAUGUCCAAAUGCCUACAGUCAACUUGAUAUGUGGGAUGUUCGAUUAAGUGAGGUGGAAAGAGGCGUGGCUGCAAUGCAGGUGUCUGCCAAAUCCUUUGACGUUCGUGACAUCCCCAAUUACGUGGAUUUGAAGGCCAUGCGUAGGGAGAUGAAGGCAAACAAGAAGAUGUGGGAUUUGGUAGAAACGUUCAAAAGUUAUGUGACCUCUUGGAAGACGCAACUCUGGAAGCAGGUUGAUUUUGAGGCAAUUGAGGAUGUGAGUGAGAGAGGUUUCUCAUUUCCACUAACAUUACCAAAAAUAGUGUAG